AUUUUCACUAGAGACUAGAGAGUACCAUCUCACUCACUCCACUCGCUCCUGCAUAAUUCUUCUAGAGCGAGAAGAAGACGACCCAUAGCGAAUUUAGGAAGAUGGAUACCAAACCAACUGAGAUCAGCAGCACAAAGAUGUUUGGAGGAUUCAACAAGAGAUACAAGCAUUUCAGUCCAACUCUCGGUUGCUCCAUGACCUUCCACAUCUACUUCCCUCCUCAUUCUCCUUCCCACAAAUUUCCUGUGCUUUACUGGCUCUCAGGCCUCACCUGCUCAGAUGAGAAUUUUAUAAUAAAGUCUGGAGCACAACGUGCAGCUUCAAGAGAGGGUGUUGCUCUGAUUGCUCCUGACACAUCUCCAAGAGGCCUGAAUGUGGAAGGAGAGGCAGAUAGCUGGGAUUUUGGUGUAGGUGCUGGAUUUUAUCUCAAUGCUACGCAAGAGAAGUGGAAGAACUGGCGUAUGUAUGAUUAUGUUGUGAAGGAGUUGCCAAACCUUGUGAAAGAAAAUUUUCCAGAGCUUGAUACUUCACGUGCAUCGAUAUCUGGUCAUUCAAUGGGUGGGCAUGGUGCUCUAACAAUCUACCUUAAAAAUCUUGACAAGUAUAAGUCAGUAUCAGCCUUUGCACCCAUUGUGAAUCCCACAAAUUGUCCUUGGGGCCAGAAAGCUUUCACAAAUUAUCUCGGUAGCAACAAAGCUGAUUGGGAGGAAUAUGACGCGACUAACCUUGUAGCAAAGUUCCGUGAUGUGUCAGCAACAAUUCUAAUUGAUCAGGGAGAGGAUGACAAGUUCUUGCCCGAUCAGUUACUGUCGCACAAGUUCCAAGAGGCAUGCAAGGCUGCUAAUGUUCCACUGCUACUGCGAAUGCAGCCCGGAUAUGAUCACUCUUAUUAUUUCAUUGCCACCUUCAUAGAUGAUCACAUUAGCCACCAUGUUCAAGCUCUUAACCUCCCAUGAAGGUUACCAAACCCCGGAAACCUCGGUCGACUAUAGCCUAUAUAUCUGUUUCGUCUGUGUUUGAGUUGGUUUUCGGGUGAGAACUAUUAUGGUGUAAAACAAAUCUACCCGCUUGUAGUAAAGGAGUUGCUAGAGUUACUCAUGUUUGUGGUGUGAAUUGGAGCUUAAGCCUUGUCAGUGGUACUUUUCUACAUGGUUACCUAGCUAUUUACAUCUUCCAUUCUGUCUAUUGUAGUUCUUAUGAAAACUCUUUUUUAGCAAUAAUUCUUGGAUAUAAUAUGAGUGUUACAAUCCAAGGAUUGGGGGGAAACUAAUGAUAACACUGGAGUUCAACUAUAUAAUCUCAAUCAAAUCACAGUUAUUUAUUUUA